CAUUGGCCAUCGGCAAGUCACUUGCCGUUGGACUGUUCCCCAGGACGGUCGCGUUUUCUCGGAACUACGGGCGCGUGGCAACCACCGGGUUGAAGUGUUACUCUGUGAGAAUAAGUGUGGCUCAGUACAAGAAGAAGUGUCUCAUCUUAGAACUUUGUGAGUGGAUGUUCGAGACCGGACCAUUAUCAUCCAUGCAUGUGCUUAGAGUUGUGGAAAGUGGAAUUCAAUCUACGAUCGCAUUUUGGAGUUGUAUUUCCCCAGCGAAGGAUUGGCUACUGAGGGAGCUGCUUUGAAAUUACCAAUUUCUCAAGUGCUUGAGUAGGUGGCACAAAUGAAGUGUUGAUACAUAACGGAUAUAAAGUUGAAGUGCCCUGUGAUGUUCAAAGGAAAUUCAGUAUUUGGAUGAUCGUUUCAUCGUUACCGACAGCAGAGAUGUGAUAGUGCUGGGGUAUGAAAGCUGCAACACCAACAGGAAAAUGAAUGUUACAUAACUGUAUAUGGAAAUAAUUAACGAAUUGUGAAUCAAGUGGUACAACUAUAUAAAAGUGUUGUUUUGUUGAAAUAACAUCUUGCAGUAGUGUGUUUCUUCAAACUUAUUCUGGCUGUUGCAACGGUCGGAGAAACGCAAAUAAAAUGCAGCCCGUCAGAUGGGCACUUCUCGUCACGCUAUGCCUAACGGUCAAAGCGUCUGAAUCCCAAAACACUAAAACGAUAGAUGAUAGUUUAGAAUUCACUGCUACCACGUUAGCGAUAGAUGAUAGUCCACUCAGUAGAGCUAAGCGCAACGGAAAUUUUCGGGGAACAUUCCGUGGCCAAACCCAAUCACAGUACUUACAUUUUGGAGAAAACCAGGACGGCAAGGCAGAAGCCGAAGCGACACAGCAUGGAUCUAGAGCGGUAGUUGUUGGUUCCAAUGGUAUGGGACAAGCUCAAAGCCAAUCAAUGGGAGGUGACUGUGGAUCAUGCGACGGGGGUAGUUAUUUGUAUGACGCACGACCAGAUCCUUUGAGGGUGCCCGAUGGUGAUAGAUUGCGACUCCCGGAUGGUUAUGAUUAUCGAGUUCCUGGCACGGAUGGUACAGGACAACGUCCAGGUACUACAGACACCGGAUUCAGACCAGGCUCCGAUAGUUUUGGACAAUUUGGACAGCCGGGUGUGUUGCGACCUGCUAGCAGACCUGGUGAUGCAGGUCCAGGUACCGGAAUAUCCGGACGACCAGGUGAUACUGGAGCUGGUGUAGAUGCAUACGGGAGACCGAUUGGUGGAAGACCUGCGGACGAUUCGCAUGGCAGACCGGGACGUCCUGGUGAUACGGGAGUAGGAGGUGGAUUAGAUGUCUAUGGAAGGCCAAUUUCUGGCAGACCAGGUGAUGCUUUAUACGGAAGACCGGCAGCGACUGGGCGUCCUGGCGAUACUGGAGUUGACUCAUAUGGAAGACCUAUCGGCGAAAGACCUGGUGACGAUUCCUAUGGACGACCAGGAGGUCCUGGACGACCUGGCACAACUGGUACGGGAGCUGGAGUUGAUGCAUACGGGAGACCGAUUGGUGGAAGGCCAGGCGAUGAUACAUAUGGAAGACCGGGUCUCCCAGGACGACCUGGUGAUACUGGUGCAGGGACUGAUACAGACGCAUAUGGAAGACCAACUGUUACACGACCAGGUGAUGAUUCAUAUGGAAGACCGGGAGUAGUUAACCGUCCUGGCGACACUGGGGCUGGUGUUGACGCAUAUGGACGACCGAUUUCCGGAAGACCAGGAGAUGACUCAACGGGAAGACCUGGUUCUGGAAGGCCUAGUGAUCAUGGCACUGGUGUUGAUUCUUUCGGAAGGCCAUUAGCACCCGCGGGUAGACCAGGUGAAGGUGCGGGGGAUGUUCAAGGAAGACCAGGAACAGGAACGAUGCGACCAGCAGAGGUUGAUUCUUUUGGACGACCAAUCGGCCCUGACGGAAGACCUGUCGGACCUGGCGGAAGACCCCUUAGUCCGGAUGGAAGGCCUGUUGGACCGGACGGAAGACCUAUUAGUACCGAUGCAAGACCUGGUGCACCUGACGGUAGACCUAUUAGUCCUGAUGGACGCACUACUCAAUUACCUGGAUUCAUUCCAGGAUCUGUUGGACAACCAGGAACAAUUGGGGGACCUGGACCAAGCACACCAGGUUUCACUACAGCACCAAGUGGUCCCGGCACAAUAGGGGGCAAUGGAGUAAUUGCGGGAAGGCCAGGUACAGGAGUUCCUGGAACAGUAGGCGGACCCGGAACGCCAGCAGGUCCUGGUAUAAUAGGAGUGCCUGCUGGACCUGGUACUAUUGUAGGUCAUCCAGGAGCACCAGGUGGAACCAUACAGAGUCCAGCUGGUCCUGGAUAUAUUCAGCGCCCUGGAGAAACUGGAUAUUUUGCUCCUGGACAAAGGCCAGUGGGGCCCCAGCCACAUAUUAUAGGGCCAUCUCUAUCUACAAUUGGAUCAUCGGAUACAACAGGGGUAUAUCACACAGGAGCGCAUUCGGUAACUCUACCCGGGCAUGAUCAUACUGUCGUUAAUCCUACUGGUGGUCUUACUGUUUUAGUAGGAACGGGAAGUCCUAAGCAAACAGUAAUUGGUUCCGACAGUCGCUUAGAUGGGCACGGGCCAGUCAAGAUUCUUUCAGGUCCAGCAGACAGCAGUGGCCCGCCAAAACAAACGGUUUAUGCACACCCUGGUGGCGUCACGGUGCUAGUAGGAACUGGUGGGCCGCAUCAAACGGUACAUCAUUUACCUGUUGCUAGUGGUGGUUAUGGGCACGGAACAGCAGGUGCCGGUGUUGCUACCGGCCCUCAGCAAAUUCAUUCAGGAACAGGAGCUAUUAGCCCUGGUGGAAUAGUUCAUCAUUACCCAGGAGCUACAGGUCAACCAAGCACUAGUGGACAGGUACCAUCAGCAGGCCAACCAGGAGCAGGCGCAGGUGUCAGUCAAUAUCCAGGCGGACAACUGGGCACAGGUGGUUUAGUAGCAGGGCAAUACCAUGAAGGUCAACAACCUGGUGGAGCAGGACAGUAUCCUGUAGGUCCUGCGGGACAAUAUCCUGGAGGAGUUGGUAUUGGACAACAUCCCGGUGGGACAGGAGCAGGACAGCAUCUAGGAGGUACAGGGAUUGGACACUAUCCUGGAAGUAUGGCAACAGGACAAUUUCCUGGUGUAGCACCAGGUGCUGGCCAGUACCCAGGAGCCACAGGUGCAGCACAUUAUCCAAGUGGAGCAGGUCAUUUCCCAGGGGUACAAUAUCCCGGAGCAGCAGCUGGUGGACAAUAUCCGGGAGGAACUGGUGUAGGUACUGGACAAGUCCCUGGACAAUAUCCAAGUGGCACAGGGAUUGGGGCUUAUCCAGGAACCAGCACUGGGCAAUAUCCUACUGGAGGAGCAGGCACUGGCGUAGGACACUAUCCAAGUGGAGGUGUGGGAACCGGUGCGGGACAUUACCCAAUGGGAGGAAGUGGAAUAGGUGCUGGUGCUGGUGUUGGUCAGUACCCAAUAGGUGGAACUGGUGCACUGGGUGGACAAUACCCAGGAGGCACUGGAGCUGGUCAGUAUCCAGGCGGAGCAGGUGUUAGUCAAUAUCCAGGAAGUGUAGGAACAGGACAGUAUCCAGGUUCAGGACAAAUACCUGGAGGUGUAGGCACCGGAACUGGUCAGUAUACUGGAGGAGCUGGUGCAGGUACAGGGCAUUAUCCUGGAGGUGCUGGUACAGGACCAGCUCAAUAUCCCGGAGGAGCCGGGACAGGAACAGGUCAAUAUCCUGGAGGGGCCGGAACAGGAACAGGUCAAUAUCCCGGAGGAACUGGGACAGGAACAGGUCAUUAUCCCGGAGGUGCUGGCACAGGAACAGGUCAAUAUCCCGGAGGUGUUGGCACAGGAACAGGUCAAUAUCCUGGAGGGGCCGGAACAGAAACAGGUCAAUAUCCCGGAGGAACUGGAACAGGGACAGGUCAUUAUCCCGGAGGUGCUGGCGCAGGAACAGGUCAAUAUCCCGGAGGAGCCGGAACAGGAACAGGUCAAUAUCCCGGAGGUGCUGGCACAGGAACAGGUCAAUAUCCUGGAGGUACUGGCACAGGCCAGUUUCCAGGUGGAGCUCUAGGAGUGGGAAGUGGCUAUUACCCAGGAGGAGCAAUAGGUACAGGUGCUGGACAACACCCGGGAAGUAUCAGUUCAGGACAAUAUCCAGGUACAGGUGUCGGCACAAGCACAGGACAAUUUCCUAGUGGAGGAGCAGGGCAAUAUCCAGGAACAAAUGCAGGUCAACAUCCAGGAAGCAUAGGUACCGGCAUUGGUCAUUAUCCGAGUGGAGGACCAGGCACAGGUGCAGGUCAAUAUCCAAUUGGUGGAACGGCAGGCGUUGCACAAUACCCAGGAGGUGGCAUCGGUACGGGUGUUGGACAUUAUCCCGGAGGUGCUGGUCAAUAUCCAGGAACAGGUGCUGGUGCAGGUCAAUACCCAGGAUCAGGAACCGGAGUAGGUGCUGGUGUAGGUCAUUAUCCAGGAGCUGGGACCGGUGUAGAUCAGCAUCCCGUAGGAGGCACAAGUGUUGGUACAGGUAUCGGUACAGGUCAAUACCCUGGCGUCGGAACAGGGCAAUAUCCUGGAGGUGCAGGCACUGGGCAACAUCCAAGUGGCACUGGCGCAGGUCAUUAUCCGGGAGGCACUGGAACAAGUGGUCAGUACCCAUCAACAGUGGACCAAUAUCCUGUAUCCAUUCCUCAAGCAGGAGCUGGUACCGGAACAACAGCUGUUGGUGAACCAUCAAAAAUUCAGGUUGCUGAGGAAGAGGACGAUGCGUUUUCGCAGGCAGAAACAUCCGUCAAGAAUGGAGAAGCUUUGGCCAGUGCACAAGGGCGUAAGAAUGGAGGUACUGCGCAAACUCAAGUAUCCGGAACGUAUACUGGUGCCGGCUCAUUCAGUGCAAGUGCGCAGACUAGCGAUAGUGACAGAUCUGCACAGGCACAAGUAUCAGGAGGUAAAGAUGGUGCAUUGAGCUCUGCGCAAGGUGCAGGGGGUGUUGGUAAAUCGCAAUCGCAGGUUCAAGUGAAUUCAAAGACCGGUGGAACCUCUGCUACGUCACAGAGCGGUGGUCUGGGUCACGAAAGUCAGUCGGAGGUUGUAGCAAAUGAGAAAGGAGGUUUGGCGGAUGCUCAAUCAAGUGGGCCUGGUCAAACUUCGUCCCAGGCACAAAUCGGUUUCCGACCACAAGGGGAAGAUAGUGCACAGCUAAACAUUUUCAACGGAGGAGGACAGGCUUCAGCGCAGUCUGGGGCACACUCUGGUCAAAGUCAGUCGCAGAUUAGUGGAAACUUCAAGUUUGGUAUUUCUUAUCACGGAGCGGCUCAAGCUGCAUCAGGCACGAAGGAGCAGGUAUCGCGCUACCGAGAGAAUGGAAAGCAGCUAUUCCACACGAUUAAUCUUUAUGGCCGAAAUAAUGGUGCCUCAGUUAGACGAGAGUCAGACGGAGUGGAUGCCAAUGGAAUGAGGCUUCGCACAUCACAGCAAAGCUCCGUUACCGACUUCCAGACACUUCCUAAACCGGACGAGGAAGUCGAAUACGAGGAAGAGGAUGAAGAAUACGAAGAAGAUGAAUAUGAAGCAACCGAAAGUACGGGUCUAGUAGGAGUUGAGGCAAAAUCGCGCAAGACUUCCAGCGAUGAUGAAGAGAAGAAAACAACCAUUGUUGAACUACCUCCGCCAACCGUUGUGACUGCUUCAACUACAACAACAUCUCGCCCGAAUAGGAACUACAAUAUCAAUAAUGGAAAUGGAAAAACUUUUUCCCAAAAUUCUCCCACUCAGAAACAGACUGCCUUCGUUCCGAAUCUUGACAAAUAUCGACUAGUUCAAACUCAAAACGGCAAGACUUCGGUUCAUGAUGCUUCCAGCGAAAAAACUCCUGAAGGAUUUAGUGACAUUCAUGGUCAAACAUCUUCCAGUGUUGAUACAACAACAGCCACUACCUUGCGAGUGACGAGUUCAACGCCAAAGUACAAUACGCGCUAUCUGCCUUCGAAACAUGGGGAAACGUCGAACAACCGAAUCAACGGGUCUGGAGUCAAGCCGCCCAAUCCAGAUAGCUACAUCUCGGUCACAAAGCAAGUGACGGGCAUUGAUGAGAACAGUAAAGUGCCUGCUAUCCCAGGCAAGAACUACGAAUCAACCUACUAUACGAAAUCGUCCACUUGCGGAUAUUUCACAUUUUCGUGUAAUAUAGUCUACGGUGAGAAUGGUCGAAGCAAGAUUUGCAGGCCGAAGCCACCGACGAACGGCAAAUGCUAAACUUUAGCUGCUAGAUGAAGAAGAUAGAGAAUCGAUAUAGCGCUUUACUUACUUAUAUACAACCACAUCCACACGCGCACACACAUACUGCCAUCGAUCGUACAAGACUCCGAUUCGAAACGUGCCUUCGAUAUAAUUUUAAGCGAAAGUCACUCAUCAAUCAAACUGCCACAGACGUUGACACCAUAGACCUACGCCUACGCCAUAGACUCUAGCAGUGUCAGUUGCCAUAAGCGAUAAGUGUAUUGCUAGUGUACCAAAUAGUUAAACCAUAGUGAUCCAAAGAUAGUGAAUAAACGUCGUACUUUGAGA